AUGUCGAGCACACCAGAAACAUCGUCAGAGUCCAAAGAGCCCAUUCCCAAGGCCUCCAUCCCGGGCCUUGGUGCUGUUCAGACCUUUAUCGAGAAGCAGAGCGGCUCUGGAACACAUCUCAAACAUGUCCCCGUCACGUUUCAGGGAUUGAGUGUUUCCGCCCCCGACUCGGGCGAGGUGAUUGUGAAGACGCUUCCACAAGCCAUCCUAAACACGUUUGGAGUUGACCAAUUCAAUUUCGUCAAGAAUUUACUUUUUUCUAGAAAAACGGCCAAGGAGCCUUUGGGGCAGCGAAAUAUCCUCGAAGAUUUUACCGGGGUUGUGAGGCCCGGAGAGAUGUUGCUGGUUUUGGGACGACCAGGGAGCGGUUGCUCGACUUUCCUCCGGACCCUGGCGAAUCGAACAACACUUUCCGUCCACGGAGAUCUGAAAUAUGCCGGAUCGUCGGCGGCGGACUUUGGGAGAAGUCACCGUCGAGAUACCAUUUAUCUGCCCGAGGAAGAUCAACACAUUGCAGCGCUCUCAGUGCGCCAGACCCUUCGGUUUGCCUUACGAAUGAGUCUAGCUUAUAACGUGCGAUCCCCCGAGAUGGUCGAAGAACUAGUUCAGACAAUGGCGCAAAUGUUUGGGAUCGAGCAUGCCUUGGACACCCCCGUUGGUGGCGCUUUUUUCCCUGGCGACAGAACGACAGUUGCAACGCUAUAUCAAGCUGGAGAAAAUAUUUACAAUCAUUUUGACAAAGUCACCGUUAUCUAUGAAGGACGACAGGCUUUUUUUGGUAAGAUUGACGAAGCUCGGAAAUAUUUCGAGGAUUUGGGAUUUGUGCGUGUCGAAGGCCAAACGACCGCCGAAUUUCUUUCCAAUGUCACAGACCCCUUGCAGCGGCGGGUAUCACCCGGAAGUCGUGCCGCGGACCUUCGCACGGCCGCUGAUUUUGUCGCCGAGUUUAAGCGUUCCCCUUAUUUUGCCUCCCUAAGUAGGGAGGUAGAAGUGUGUCACCGCCAACACCAUGGCCAAACGCGCCAAACGAGCACCACAGCAUCUUUCAACUUACCAUACCUGUUACAAAUCUGGGAAUGUCUUUUAAGAGAGGUCCAACUUGUCAGAGGCCAGCGCAUGGUUCAUUAUUUUAAAUGGCUCACCACCGUCAUUCUCUGUCUGGUCAUCGGGAGCGAAUACUUCGAUAUAUCAAAUGAUGCACAAGGUGCUUUCACAAGAGGGGGUCUUCUCUUCUUCGCCCUCAUUUUCAACGGUUGGCUCCAAUUUCCGGAACUGUUCGAUGCGCAUACCAAUCGCCCAGUUCUUGAACGCCAGGCGGCUUUGCACAUGUACCGUCCGUCUGCAGUUGCGUUAGCCAGAGUCAUAAUUGAUAUCCCUUUGAUCGUCUUUCAGCACAUUAUAUUUGUGAUUACAUUUUAUUUCUUGGCUGGCCUGCAGAUCUCAGCUGGCAAAUUUUUUUACUUCUUUUUUAUUCUGGUCCUGUCAACUGUAUGUUUCAGCAACCUCUUGAGAAUGUUCGCUUACUAUGUCCCAACUUUAGAUGACUGCUUCCGUUUUGGUGGCACUGCCUCGACGAUCACCAUGCUGUUCUCUGGUUUCCUAGUUCCUACCAAGGACAUGAGGCCUUAUUUUGGUUGGUUGCACUAUGUCAGCCCUAUGAAUUAUGCAUACGAAAGUGUUUUCGUUAAUGAAUUUGACGGCCUCACACUUGAAUGUAACGGGAAAUUGAUUCCAGCUAUCACGAAUGCAGAUCCAGACUAUCAAAUUUGCGCGCUCCCGGGUGCUCAGCAAGGCCAACAAUCAAUCCCGGGCCAACAAUAUGCCGAGGCAAACGGGCUUUAUCUCUCUCAUAAGUGGCGCAACGUCGGGAUACUGUUUUCUUUUAUCGCAGUUUAUAUUGUUGUAAGUGUCAUUGGAAGUGAGAUGAUGAAAUUUACUCCACAAGGAGGCGCCCCAAUAGUCUAUACUUCUCGCCGAAAAUCAAGGAAAGGCGAAGUGACAGCAGUGCAAAACGAUGUGGAAAAGCUACCCUCCACACCAGAGCUUUCGGGCGACGAGAAAAUGCUUCCGGCUCAGCAUCAUGGGCCGUCGCUGACUUUGGAAAACCUUACGGUUGAUAUUGAAGAGAAACAUAUUGUCAAAGGAAUCACCGCAUACGUUAGCCCUGGCGACUUUGUCUCCAUUUGUGGUGCUAGUGGUGCUGGGAAAACAACUAUGCUCAAGGCGUUGAGUCAAAUCAACGUAACAGGCCGAGUGGGUGGGCAGAUAAAGUUUGGAAAUGAACCCAUUGGCACGGCCUAUAAAAGGGCGACUGGCUUCGCGCAACAAAACGACCUUCAUGAUGCAACAUCGACCAUUCGGGAGGCCUUUGAAUUUUCUGCUCUCUUGCGUCAACCAAAUAUCUAUUCACGGGCUGAAAAACUUGCGUAUGUCGAACAUGUUCUCGAUCUCCUGGAUCUUAGGCACGUGCAAGACGCAUUGAUUGGCGAUGAAAAUUCCGGACUGGGCGUAGAGAUGACCAAAAGAGUUACGAUCGGCGUUGAACUUGCGGCCCGGCCGAAAGUGCUUUUUGCAGAUGAACCGACCUCUGGAUUAGACUCGGAAGGAGCUGCGAACCUCGUCAAAUAUCUUAGGCGCCUAGCACAUGCUGGUCAAGCAGUCAUGGUGACUAUCCAUCAGCCGUCGACUCUUGUCUUCUCAGAAUUUGAUAAAGUGCUAGCGUUAUCACCGGAAGGAGAACAGCUUUACUUCGGUUCUAGUCAUAGCGUUUUGAGCUAUUUCGCAAAACAUGGAGCAGUCCCACCGCCUGAUACAAAUCCUGCCGAGUUUGUGCUCGAGGCCGGUGGUGCAGGAAUAAAUGCGCGCAAGGAUGAUAAAGGAAGCGAAUGGUCCAAGCGUUGGCGUGAAUCUGAAGAGGCAGCUGAGGUCAUGAACGAAAUCAAUCGCAUUUCUACGAGCGGCAAGGUGGACAGUCCGGGCGAACACGAAGAUGACAUGUUCAAUGCCUCGACGUUCGUCCAGACAUGGCUCCUGACAAAGAGAAUUUUGAAGAAUCAGUGGCGCAAUCCGCCGUAUAUGUACUCAAAGAUCUGGGUUCAUGUCGUCCACGCGGUCUUAAUUGGCACUACGAUAUUCAAGCUUGGCACUUCUCCCCACGACCUUCAGAAUCGGUCUCUAAGCGUUUUCUCCAUCAUUCUCUUAGUUAAUACUAUUGUCAACACAAUCCUUGCACGAUUUUUCUUCGCUCGCCUACUAUGGGAAGCCCGAGAAGGCCCAUCACGGAUAUAUGGAUGGGUGGCGCUGUGCAACGCUAGCAUACUAGCGGAAAUGCCUGGAGCAUUAGCCUGUGGUUUCUUGUACUACGUGAUUUGGUAUUGGCUUUGUGGGCUUCCUACCGGGGAAGCGGCCGGCUAUGUUUUUUUGAGUCUAUUGACAUUUGAAGUGUUCGAGAUUUUGUUCGGCUUGUUCAUGAUGGCUGUGAGCCCAGAUCUUGGAUUUGCCGGGAACGUCCUGGUGUUCCUUGUCUGCUCGGUCAAUUGGUUUAAUGGAAUUAUUGUUCCAUAUGACCAGAUCCAGGUUUUCUGGCGUUACUGGCUAUAUUACCUGAGUCCGUUCACUUACCUCCUUGGAGGUCUGGUAACCUCUGUAGUCAAGGACCAACAAGUUGUCUGCGAUCAAAGCGAUGUUUUCACAAUCUCUCCGCCAGGGAACCAAACGUGUGGUUCUUAUAUAUCUUCUUGGGCGGCGUCCGCCCAAGCACAGCUUUUGAACCCUCAAGCAACAGACCACUGUCGCAUUUGUCAAUGGACCAAUAGUAACCAAUACUUGGAAGGAUUCAGUUUGGGUAAGGACAGAAACGGGGGAAUAUGGGGCUCCUGGGCGAUUUUCGUCCUUUUCACCUGCUCGAGUUUCAUCCUGGUUUACUUUUUCACUUGGGCCACCCGGGUGAAACGGUGGAAGCUAUUCUACUUCUUCUAG